AUGGGGAAGAGAAGCAGAGAUAGGGUUUCCAAGGAGCACAUCGAGGAUGAAGAAGAAGCUGUAAUGAAGGAAGACCGAGAUUUUUUCCAUGGAUCAUCUUCCUCAGCCGUAACAAGCUUGUAUGAGAUUCUUGGGGUGGAGAAAACUGCCUCUCAGGCAGAGAUAAAGAAAGCUUACCACAAGUUGGCUUUGCGCCUGCAUCCUGAUAAAAAUCCCAAUGAUGAGGAAGCUAAGGAAAAAUUCCAGCUGCUACAAAAGGUCAUCUCUGUUCUUGGUGAUGAGGAGAAACGUGCUGUAUAUGAUCAGACUGGAUGUGCUGAUGAUGCUGACCUAGCAGGAGAUGUCAUCCACAACUUGCGGAAAAUGUCAAAAGCCCGUGAGCCCGUCGAAAUCGCUUCUGACGACAAUUCCUCGUCUGAGGAAAUCGAAUCUGAGCCCGAAUCGAUCUGGAAGUCUUCCGCAGCGCCGGCUUCCGCCAGGAAACCCCAAACACCUUCUGCCACAAAGCCCGCCCCACCCGACGAGGAUUCUGGAUCCGACAUAAAGUCCAGAAAACAUACCACAGCCACAGGCAAGGACAAGGCCGCCGCCGCCUCCGCUUCACCGGCCAGAUCUACAAGAAAAAGAGUCGUCGAGGAGGUUAAGGGGACGGAGCCUACUGUCACGAAGAAGCAGAAGAACAGCAAGAAGGCUGAACCCGAGGCAUCCGAUAAGAAAAAAAUGUUCCAGAGGAUAUGGAGCGACGCGGACGAGAUUGCCGUCCUCAACGGAAUUAUGCAGUUUAGGGCCGAGAAGAAAUUCGACCCCUAUGGUAAUUUUGACGCAUUUUUUGAGUUCAUCAAGAAAAAUUUGCACAUUGACGUGACGAAGAAGCAGCUGAGGGAUAAGAUGUUUAGGAUGAAAAAAAAGUACACAAACAACAAGAGGAAGGAGGAGGAAGGUAAAGGAAGAACCUUUACGAGCCAACAAGAGCAGGAAGCCUACGAUCUGUCCGAGAAAGUAUGGGGGGCUGAGAAAGACAACGGGGUCGAAAAAGCCAAUGGCAGUGGGGCUGAGAAAGAAAAUGUGGUCGAAAAAGCCAAUGGCAGCGGUGCGGACACCAAUAAUAUUAUGGAAGACGAAGAAGCAUUGAAGAAGCUCGAGAUUGAAGAGAUGGAGGUGUAUGUGAGGCAUUUUAAGGUGAAGGUUGAACAAGCAAAGCUUCUUCUGCAGGUCAUGAAGUCACAGGUCCAUUGA